GAUGCGGCAAGCUCUAUAAUGUACAUGUGUAUGUAUUUACUAGUUACCAGACCACCCCAGCCAAUCACAGCACGUUCAAGCCCGCUCCUACAAUCAGAAGCGGGCCCGGCGGCAACGAGCUCACGUGACAAGCCAAGCCCUGCCGAUGCACGGACCCGAUGCUCGACUAUAUAGCCGAGUUUCAUUUCGCUUCUUCUAAUACCCAUUGU